AUGCUGCAUUUCCACCACAAGUUGCCCGCGGGGGCAGCCGUGAUCCUGCUCGCCGUCCUCCUCCACGGAUGCGGCGUGCAGGCCGCGUCUCUCCCCCGCCACUUCCGUCUCAGAGGCGGCGACGGCGACGAAGGCCAGCCGGCCGGCUCCGACUUGCUCAAAGCUCUGGAGUACAUCGAGAACCUGAAGCAGCGUAGCGCGGGUCGCCCCGGACCUGCGCCUGCUGACUACGAUGAAGUGGACAAGUUCCGAGUCUUGCUUCAGCUGGCCUCCCAGCAACAAAGGCAGAAGCAGGAGGAGAAGGAGGAGGAAGACGAGGCGGCUCCCGCGGAGCGCCAGGACGUCACUGCGGAACAGCUGAUGAGAUCCCUGCUCAAGUCCCUCCAGGAUCAGGCCAAGCUCAGCCCGGCGUCGGCGCCCCACAAUGACCGCCGCCUACACAGGCAUCGCGGCAAAGGCACGGAAAGCGUUCAGAGUUCUCCAGCCGAUUACGCCAACUACCCGAGGCCCCACAAGAAGUACCCGCUGAUGUUUGAGGAUGAGGAGAAUACGGACGCCUCCAAGCGGGCUACGGAGGACCUGGACCAGAAGUACACACCCCAGAGCCUCGCCAACCUCCGCUCCAUUUUCGAGGAGCUGGAGAGGACGCCCAUGUCGGCGGGGCAGAAGAGAGACGUCUUUGGCGACGAAGAUGAGGAGGGCGAAGAUGACGCCGCCCCCGGAGAGGAGUGGGUGCCCGUGGAGGAACGAGAGGAGACCGAAGAGAUGGUGAACGGGAGCCACGAGGAAGCAGACGGGGCCCUCGGGGAUCAGGAGGACCAAGACGGGGAGGAAGUGCAGCGGCGUUCGGGUCAGGACCAGGAGGACGCCAACGACGACACCAAGCUGGUCGAUUAUUACCUCCUUAAAGUUCUGGAGAUGAGCGAUCAGACACAGAAGAGGGACCAGACCGGAGAGCCACGCAAGAGACUAAUCCGUCCCUCCAUCGUGGAUCCUCGUACGCUGAAGGAGCUCCUGGAGCUGUCGUUGAAGCUCCACGUCCCCCCGCAGGACCUCAUCGACAUGCUCCUGACAGAGGAGCUCCGGAAGCUCCACCGUAACCCGCCGCCCUCUUCUUCUCGCUACUCGACCGGACAAACCCCAAAAGUUCGCUACUUCAGUCGAAGACUGCCCGUGAAGAGCAAAGCCGCUGCCCCCGAGGACAUGGACCGAGAGGACUUUUUGGACAUCAUCGGCGUGGAGACGAUCAGUAACGAGUAUCCGGUGAUGCCCAGACCCAUCAAGACGUCCUCGGAUAGGAUCCCGGCGGGGAGCAACCCCGAUCCGAACGCCGGAUCGGUCAAAAUCCCGCCUCCGGCCGGACGCAGGGAGAAUCUGUUCUUGUCCGAGCUCAACAAGAUGCCCUUCAGACGUCAGGUUGACGACGGCGAUGACGACGACGGCGGCGACGACGUGGAGGACGAGGUGACCACUUAUCUGGCGGCCAAAAUCCUGACCGAGUACCCGCCCGACGGCAUCGCCAAGCGGGACACCCAGGCCCAGACCAAGGGCCACUUCCCCUAUGAGCUGUACGAGUGGGCCGUGAAGGACUACUUGGGCCAGGCGGACUCUGGGAGCAGACCGGUGGCCAAGAGGGAGGCCGAGGAGGAGAAGCCCACUGAGGUGCACAGCAAGGAGGAGGAUGAGGAGGAGGAGGAGGAGGGGGGGAGGGCCAAGACCUCCGCCCCGGUUGCAGGCGCCACGUCGGGGGGAGAAGAAGCGCAGGAGCACCGUGACAAAGCCGUGGCUGGAAUGUAAACGCUAUGAUUGUAGUAUUUAAACUUUCUGUAUGGUGGAUGUGAUCUAGUUUACAAAUUUUAUUGUA